AAAAUAUUUUUUGGAAAUUCCAUUCAAUAACACGAGUGGAAAUUCAUUCGCUGCUCUCGCUCAAUGAAAAUGCAAUAAUAAAAGGGGUUUGAGCGCGCGGCGGCUUUUGUGCAUCAGGUGCUUUGAUGCUGUUUUUCGAGUGCUCCUAUGCAUCAUCUGCUCUUUUACAGUUAGCGCACAAAAGAUGAUUGUAACUGUUCAUUUCGACGCAUAUACGGCCGAAAUAACAUUUUCCGACCAAAAUUAUUUACACACUUCGCGUGUGUGUUUGCGCGAUCAAUAACAGCAACUUAGGAUGUUCGAGUGCUGUCGCUCUUUGUCACAGAAAAAGGAUCCAAGUAGAAAUAAUCGCCGGGACCACAAAGGUGUAGCGGUUUUCCAGGUGAUGAAAAUGUCAUUUAUUUUGCAGCCGCGUAAAACCUGGGGAUGUUUUGGGAUAUUUUUGAGGUGUUUGAAGGAAACAACUCUUAACUUGAUCAUUUUGGAGCGGAAAGAAAUUUAAAAGUCUCCAUUUGUAACAUAUAAAUAUCUUUUUAUUUUUAAAAUUAUUACAGUUGAAGUGAAAUUUUUGGGACACUAAAAUAAUGGCCUUAUUGGUCAUAAAGCAAAGAAAAAAAUGUAUCUUUACAAUCAGCAAAAAACAAGUUUUCAAAGCAUAUGACUCAAUAAACAGCAUGAUAGAGUUUUGAUGUAAAAUGAGUUUAUUCACCACAGCUUCUUUGAAACUUUGAUUGAGUAUUAAGGCGAAUAUGAAAAAUAUAUUAGCAGAUUAAAAUCUUUUAAAUUUAUAUUUAGGAAUCACUUCAAAUCUAGCCUAUUUAGGUAUUUUUCUUUUUUGCUUCGUUAAUCUUCUAAAUUGUCUGAAGAUUCAAUUUCUCUCCAAUAAAGAUAUAACGAAUUUUAAUUAAUUUCCAAAAUUAAUAUUAAAUUCUCAUGUGAUAUUAUUUCCAAUAAUCCCUUCCUUUUCCUUUUACACAAAUAAUAAAUAACGCGUGUGCGGCGAGCAAGUUAAAGAAGAGAGAGAGCGAGCGAGCAGCAGGCAGCGAGUGAUAAGAACAAUGAAGGUCAUUGACUCCCUCCUUCGCUGCAGCCGGUCAAAGUGCAACGCUUGCCACCAUACAGGUAAACCGGGGAAGAGCACGGCGCUCUUAUGCGAAUCAAAUCAGUCGCCCAGCCAAAUUCAACGGGGCCGCCUCGCGCCGUGGUACCGGCGAGGCGAGAGCUCAAACUUUCACCCUUUUGGGGGUGGAUUUAAUUUGCAUCUGGUCUUUGGACCGACAGAGUUUGCCCUGGUGGGCGGUCACCCCUGGACGGACUUGCUUCCUGAGUCCAUGGCCGCCACCAGAGCCGUGUCCCUGGCGUCGUAAGGGACAGGCGGACAGGUCCCACGUCACCUUCGACCUGACCGCGUGGCUUCACCAUCCAGCCACCCAGACCGGCAGCCAUCGUGCCAAUUCGAUCGACUCGAGCAACAACUCGCCGCGACCAUCACCUCCGAUCACUGCACCAUCAAGACAACGAACUCGAUAAGUACAAUUUGCGAGUGCAACUUCAGUGAUAAAAUACGAAACGCGUAAAAGGCCUAUUUCAAAAUAUUUGUAUAUUAAUUAUGUGAAACACAUUUUCCUUACCUAAUCCAUAUUACCUCAUUUGAAUAUCACAUUUUUUCCUAUUUCAAAAUAACCAAAACUUUCAUUAAAAUUUAAUCAAAAAAUAAUAAGUUUCAAAUUGAGUUUUUCCUAAAAUUAAAUUAUCUGCAUUUUAUUUGUGUGCUUUCAACCCUCUCACAAGUUUAAAAAAAAGGUCUACCUGCACCUUGAGAUAAGAAGCCGAGGUUAAAAUAAAUAACGGAUUAAAGUUAACUUUUUAAUCGUUAUAAAUGGCGCCCAACUAAAUAUAAAACUGUGAGAGAGAAAAAUUUUGGUGCAAAAUUUUAAGCGUGCGUCCUGUGCUCGUCGAUCAAUUUUUAGAAUUCUGUGCAUUCACUCUUGGUGUGCAUUUUUGCAGCGUACUCUGCAUAUUUUCUCAUCUGCCAAUGCGAGAACGAAUUUCCACACUCUAGUGAGAGUAGUGCGAUCAGAGAAGCAAAUUUUUUGUUGAAUUUUGUUGUUCUCUUUAUUUUUUCAAGUUACGUUUGUUUUUGUGAGUUACAUUUUAGUGUGUUAAAAGUAAAUUCCAAAUGGAGUCGUUAAAGAUAGAAUGGGACCGUCUGUCCAAAGAGGAUUGCGAGGCAGAGGCCGCCGUGAGGAAUAUCACGGGCGAGAACCUCUCGGCCAUCAGAAAGAAUUUGAAAGAUGCCCUUGAGCUGGAGGCACAAAAGGAGGCCGAGCCACCUCCGCUAUUGACUGAUCCAGAACAAAUUGACGCGGAAUUAAAAGUAAUUGUUGACCGCGCCGUGGAGCUCAGAGAAGCGAUUAAGCUAUGUUGCUCAAAUAAAAACGCGACGGAGGCGCGAAAAAUAAAGACGCUUAUUGCUUGGUUGGGACUUCGUCUAAAGAGAGUCACGAUUUACGACGAAGCCACUGCCAAACGACAUGAUUCUUUAGUGACAUAUUUUGAGCAGUGUGUUGAUUGGCUAAAAAAAGGCGUUCCGGACGAACCUGAACCUAAAGUAGUGUUAGAAAAAGAAAAAUUGGACCAAUCAUUUUCCUUGCUGGACCAAUUGUCCAACGACCCUCUGUUGGAGGACAAUUUGGACCAAGUUCAGCCGGCCGGAAACGCAAACACACAAAAAUCGCCAAAUGUUGAUUUUCCAACAAAUCAGUCAAUGUUUCCAUUUUGUUACGUGCCCAUGUCAUUUAACCAAACAACGCGUAAUUUUACCCCAGUUGAUGCGCAAAAUAGUGCACAGUUCAUGCCAUUUUCUCAGCCUGUACGUUCAAAUGUCCGAGUGAUCUACACAAAAGACUGGAAAUUGCAAUUUACUGGAGAGCCUUCCAGUAAAUUGUCACUUGCAGUAUUUUUGCGUGACGUUGGACUAAAAAGACAGGAGAGCAAUUUGUCAGGAACAGAGUUUUGGGCCUCAGCGCACAACUUGUUUGAUGGCCAGGCAAAAACAUGGUUUUUGAAUAAUAGACACAAGUGGAACUCAUGGGCGGAAUUUGUGCCACAUUUCAUUUGCAAUUUUAGACCUCCCAAUUACGAGGAAAGGUUAUGGGAGCAGCUCAGGCAAAGACGGCAGGGUCGUGAUGAAAGAUUAAACAUUUAUUGUUCGGAAAUGGAAAAUUCCUUUGCACUGCUCGGGAAUCCUCCUUCUGAGCAGGAAAGAUUGUCUUUCAUUAAAGCCCGGCUUGCGCCCUUCUGGCUAUUAAAUUUGCCUCUGGACAGAAUUUAUUCCAUUGAUUCACUCGUCGCCGAAGGUCUCAGACUCGAGGCAGUAAAAUGUUUAGUUGACGAGUAUACAGAUCCCACUGCUCCAUCCAAUCCAGUUGAAAAAGACUUGGUGUACAAAUCAAUUAAUGAUGGAAAAAAGGGUGCUGGCGGCCCUUCAAAAACGUGUGUAGCAGGAAUUUGUUGUGGCGCGGCGAGUACUGGGUCGUUUUGUUGUGCGGCGCGUGCUGCUGGUGUGCAGAGCGCGUCGGGCAAUUCGCAGGCGACGAAUACUGUGCCGCCGCAACAAAAUUCAAACCGUGGAAAAGGUAAUUGGAGAAAUUAUUCCCGUGGCGGGCGACAGACUCACGGUGCUCACACGAAUAAUCAAAAUACAAGCGCGCCUUCACAGACAAAUAACGCAUCGGCGGCGAAAAUGUGCUGGAAUUGUUUCCAACAAGGGCACAGUUUCAGGCAAUGUUCGCAGCCUAAGAGGGGUUUGUUCUGUUGGGGUUGCGGCAAAGAUGGGGUGGCGCGCGCCAAUUGCAGCAAAGAAUCAUGCCGGCGAGCAAAAAACUCGCGCGGGGCCGCUGCGUCUGGAGCGUCGCGUGGCACGCCCAAAACAAAUCAAACCGUUCCGCAAAGUGCUGGAAGCGGCACGUCAACAAAUUAAGACUUGAUAUCGUGCGGAAAAGACUUGGCGGCAUUUUACUAAAAUGUAAACAGGAGCAGAAUGAGGAGCGAAAUGAUGAUUGCGAACAAAUUAGCGAUGACGAUCGUUUGUUUUUGAAAGUUAAAAUUUUGGAUGUUCCAAUCAUUGCUUUGCUAGACUCAGGCGCAUCUGUUUGUGUUUUAGGCGGAGAAGGAAAUGAUCUGAUUAAAGACUUAAAUUUAAAAAUUCAGCCUUGCAAAGUAAAAAACGUCGAGCUCGCAGAUCAUUCUUCCCAACCCGUUCUUGGAGAGUUAGAUUUGGCAAUUACUAUAGGAAAAGAAAAUUUUGUUGUAAAAACUCUCGUAGUGCCAGCCAUUAAAACAAGUCUAAUUCUCGGUCUAAAUUUUUGGCAUGAUACAAAAUUCAUACCUGAUGUGUCAAAGGGCGAAUAUUAUUUUGGCACGAAGACCUCUAAUUCAUUUUCGAAAAAUCCCGUGGUGAGCGAGAUUAAAGUGUUAGUGACGGACACGCAGCGAGCGUCGUUCGACCAGUUCAUAAAAGGGGUGAAAAAUGAUUUCCCUGAUGAACUUGGUAGGUGCAAUUUUUUAAGCCACCACAUAGCGACGGGAAAUGCACAGCCUGUCAAAACCAAACAGUAUUACAUUCCCCCAAAACAGUUAGAAAUUAUGCAAAAAGAGGUAGAUAAAAUGUUAGCGCUUGGCGUUAUUGAACCGUGCAUAAGCCCUUGGUCUUCUCCAGUAUUUUUAGUGCGUGAUCCUAAUGGAAAGAAAGAUCCGCGUUUUGUAAUUGAUAUGAGAGAAGUAAAUAAAGUGACCGAAAGUGACGCCUACGCAGUUCCGUUGAUGGCAAAUAUUAUUGACAGUUUAGGCGAUGUUAAAUUUAUCUCCACAAUAGAUUUGAAAAAGAGUUAUUGGCAAGUUGGUUUAGACGACGAAAGUAAGCCAAAGACUGCUUUUUUCGUACCAGGAAGAGGUCAAUUGCAAUUUAAAGUUAUUCCUUUCGGCGCGAAAAAUUCAGGUCCAGGUUUUAUACGAGUCAUCGACCGAAUUAUUUUUAACUCUUGGAUAAGGAAAUACGUUCAUGUCUAUAUUGAUGAUUGUUUCAUUGGCACGCCUACACUUGAAUUGCAUAUUAGAGUUCUCACCGAAUUUUUUCGACUUUUAAAAGAGGCCAAUUUAACCCCAAAUUGGGAAAAAUGUAAAUUUUUGCGACAGUCGAUUAAAAUUCUCGGCUAUGUUUUGGAUGAGAACGGACUGCGCACAGACCCAGAAAAAGUGUCUGCCAUUCUGAAUUUAGCACGACCUCAGAAUGAAAAGGACGUCAAAAGUUACGUCGGAGUUCUUUCAUAUUACCGCAGACUUUUCCCAAACUUGAGCACAAUUUUGGAGCCCAUAAUAAAAUUAACCAGAAAGAAAAACAAAUUCAUUUGGAGUGAGGAGCAAGAAGACGCGUGGAUUAAAUCUAAAAAUAUUCUUGCCUCUGAUCUCGUUGUGCGGCUCCCAGAUUUCUCAAAAACAUUUAUUUUGUCAACAGACGCAUCUGAUUAUGGGAUUUCAGGAGUUUUGUCCCAAAUAUUUGAAGAUGGCGAGCGACCAAUAUUUUACGUCAGCCGCUUAUUAACUGAGCCAGAAAAGAAUUAUCCAACUAUGCAGAAAGAAGCUCUAGCAGUUAUUUGGUCCAUUGAAAAGUUGGAAGGGUAUUUGUCGUAUAGUAAAUUUGUGCUCGUAACGGAUAACAAACCCUUAAAAUUUAUUCAAGAUCUCAAAAAACCUAAAGGUCGACUGCCCUGCAAGAAAAUUUCCCAGUAAAACUCGAGAAAAACUCGAGUUUCCCAGCCGAGAAACUAGUUUUUAAAACCCGGGUUUAACUCGAGUUCAACGAGUCGGUGAAAACUGGGUUAAAACUGGGUUUACCCAUUUCUGGGAAAUGUUGGACGAAUUUUUUUUUAAUAUAAUUUUUAUUUUGGAUUAUUGUACAAGACAGAAAUGGUUACUUUUUAAUUAAGUAUUCUCUUAAUGUAACACAAACUUAACUUUAAAUUUGCAGUUUAGAUCAUAGAUGGCCGCCUGAUCAGACUCACUUUCACGGCUGUGUAUUGUCCAAUCACAAUAGGAAUAUGAGCACUCAAAUCUUAAGAAUUCACAUUUCAUUCAAAUUAUGCAGUGCAGAGGCUUUCUUUUGAUCUUCAGGUUGAUUGUUGUGGGUCUAUGGUUCAAUCCUAAGCAGACGAGUUUUUGAAAGUUCUCCCUGAGAGUGGCCAGAGAAGCAGUGAAGUGUCAGUGGAAAUUCCCAAGACAUGCCAAGGUCCUCAUCACUGUGCCAAGGUCCUUAUCACUCUUGUUGCAAUUCUAAAACAAUUAGGCAAUCAAAUUUGGUUGAUAUUAUAAGAAAAUAUUUUAUACCUGCAGUAUACACUUUCGUCCAGGUGCUUUGAUGCCGACAUCUCCCUGAGCGUGGCCAGAGAAGCAGUGAAGUGUGUCAGUGGAAAUUCCCAAGACAUGCCAAGGUCCUCAUCACUGUGCCAAGGUCCUUAUCACUUUUGUUGCAAUUCUAAAACAAUUAGGCCAUCAAAUUUGGUUGAUAUUAUAAGAAAAUAUUUCAUACCUGCAGUAUACACUGUCGUCCAGGUGCUUUGAUGAUGACAUUGCAAAAUGGAGUUCUUCGGCAGUUGAGUGAUGGUAGGCAAAUUGCCUGCCAAAGGAGGUCCUUGGUGAGGGAGAAGGUCACGUCAAUUUAGCAUGCUUGUGUAGAUGCCGUUCUGCAUGUCUCAGUCCAUUUGGGUAGUUUCACCUUCAGGCGAAUUCCGCCCACGGGGUGCUCAAAAGAGUGGCCGAGCCGUCAUGGUUGAUGGCCAUGGCAAUCUGGGGCCAGUAGAGAAAUUAAUCAAUUAUGUUUUACAAAAAAAUUGCAUUGUGACAAUUUGAAAAAUUCAUUUCUGGUUUUUUUUUUUUUUAUUAAAAUAACUAUGGAGUUUAAAAAUUUAAACAUCAACAAUUUUAAAAUAAUUUAAAUAAUCUUAAUAAUUUUAAAUAUUUUGAGUGAUAUUGAGCUAAUUACCUUAGAAUUAACGCAACUCCUCUAUGGAUUUAGAGAACCCAAAGACUCUUCAUUUGCACCAUUUUCACUAGGGUUGAUCUGAAAGAAUUGAAAUUAAUUUACAAAAGAAAUAAAUAAUACUAUCAACAAAAUUCACAAAGCUCUCCGUAAUCCCUAAUGAUAUAUAAUAUUCUUUGUUUUAAGUUAAAUAUAAUUUGAUACAAAAUUUAAUUUAAAUUUAUUAUUUAGUCAACGUAACUCAAAUCAAUUUAAAUAGUAG